AUGGCUAUAGCUAAAGUGAUCCGUGAAAGACCCGUUCACACUAUGACUAUCUUCAUGAGAUAUCUCACGGUCCAUAGGUUCGUUUUAUGUGUUUUAUUGCCACUCUUCAUUUUCCAGUUCUUGCCUUACGCAACGUGCCAGCAAGAGUUCGAAUCCGAGGUCAGGGGAGUCAGGGCGGAAUCAGUAAUCGGAGUCGUUUUGCUUUCCAUUUUCCUCUUUAGUAUAGUCGCCGGCUGCUGCUUCUAUGCAUACAAGAAUGUAGAGAUUGAGUCGGGAAGCCGUCAAGUACUGCACACUAGAGUAAGGCAUGGGCUCGACAAGGAAAUCAUCGACUCCUUCCCCUCUUUCCGUUACUCAGAGAUUAAAGGGCUCAAGAUAGGCAACGGUGGAGUGGAAUGUGCAAUUUGUUUAAACGAGUUUGAGGAUGAAGAAACGCUACGCUGGAUGCCUCCUUGUAGCCACACUUUCCAUGCUAACUGCAUUGAUGUCUGGCUCGCUUCUUGGCCCACAUGUCCUGUCUGCCGUUCAAAUCUGUCUCCGCAACCAGGUGAGAGUUUUCAAUAUCCCAGCAUGGAUCUUGAAACGGGAAAUGCACAAAGAGGUGUUCUAGAAUCCCCGGGCCACAUAAGCUUGUCAGGUAAUAGUGUGACAUGUAAUAACAAUGAAAUUUAUACAACACCUCGAUCGAGAUCUACAGGCUUAUUAUCAACCUGGCGUAUGGGUGAGAUAUCCCUCCCUAGAUCUCACUCGAUGGGACGUUCAGUGGUUCAACUUGGCGAGAACCUAGAACGAUUCACACUGCAUUUACCGGAUGAGGUGCAAAGACAAUUGGCUAGCUUGAAUCUGAUGAGGAGAAACCACAUGGCUUUACCUCAAGCCAGGAGUUCGAGACAGGGCUACAGGAGUGGCAGUGUUGGGAGUGAAAGAAGCAAUUUCUCUCAGGGACGACAAACGGUUCGUCGGGCCUUAUCUAUGUCUCUCUCUUUCUCUUUUCAGUCUGCUUCUGUUCGGUCAUCUCAAGCUAAGGACAAAGAUCCUGGUGAACGGUCGUUUGAACGCCUCAUGCCAGAGAAGGUCUAA